AUGCUUGUAGCCACCGUUCAGAAGAUCGUCACGGAAAUUCUCCCCCCAUCCUCUGGUCUUGCUUUUGGCAAAGAUGCGAGGGAUCUGCUCAUCGAAUGUUGUGUCGAGUUUAUCACUUUGAUUUCCUCUGAAGCAAAUGAGAUUAGCGAAAAGGAGAGCAAGAAGACUAUUGCGUGCGAACACAUCACCAAAGCGUUGGAGCAACUGGGUUUCGGAGACUAUGUCCAGGACAUCAUGGAGGUUGCUAGCGAACACAAGGAGCAGUUGAAGGGACGAGAGAAGAAGGCCAACAAACUCGAGCAGAGUGGAUUGUCGACGGAGCAACUUCUUGCGAUGCAGGAGGAAGCUUUUCGGGACGCGGCUCAGCGCCAUGGAUGA